AUGUUUGGUCCUACUUAUGGUCGGAGUGGUACCGGCCAGGGAGAUGGCAGUUGUGGGCGCGCUCUGCAACAGGACAUAUCUGAACUUAAAACUAAAUGGCAUCAGUUGUGUAAAAAAGAAAUAACUAAUCCUAAUUCACAAUGUAUUACUGAUACGCAACGGUGGGAAUAUGAUAAUCCUUUUAAAAACCUAUCAGAAAACCUUUUUCUUAUUGCUUUAAAUAAACCUUCAACAGAGUAUAUAUCAGACCAAGCUAUAGCAGAUAAUAAUUUCAAUGAAAAAACUUUUCAGAACAAUAUAGUAGUUGAAUUAUCCCAAGAUAGUGAUGAUAUGAUUAUCGAAUUAUUACCUCAAGACGAAAAUUAUAAUAAUGAAUUACCCCCAGGUGGUGAUAAAACGAAUUUACCUCAAGACAUUAUAGUUGAAUUGCUCCAAGGUGAAAAUGGCACAAUUGAAGAACGUAUCAAAUCUAAAAAAAAAGAAUUGUAUUCUUUAUUAGAUGAGGUUAAG